AUGGGGGAUACUGUUGGUGGGAGUGUUACAACCACUCUACAGAAAUUAACAAUUUCUAGUAAAGUUAAUGAUGCCAAACUCCAGCAAUCCAGUCCUAUUCUCUGCACCUUCCACCUUCAGUCUCUGCACCUUCCACAGGCUUCCAACAGUGCUACGUUGGGACAGAGCAUCUGGAGGUUCACAACCUCUGUGGUCCAUAGGAGCCACUAUGAGGAGGGUCCAGGGAAGAAUUUACCAUUUUCAGUGGAAAACAAGGGGCGAUUACUAGUUACAAUGACUUUGUACUUCUGAUGGAUUGUUUCUCCUUUCUUUAUAGUAAGACUCCAACUGCUCAAAAAAUAA